UUCUCAUUAAUUUUUUCUAGACAAGCUUUUUGUUUUUUUUUUGGGUAAAAUUUAUUUUAUUUGCAGUGUUAGUAAAUUUUAAAUUAAAAUUCCCCCUUUCUGUCGGAUUUGUCCACGGAUAGUCUUCGUGCGUACCAUUGAGUUGCGUUACGUGGUGUGUCAGCUGCGCAUGCGUUUUUUGUAGUGUCAAAAUGUCUGGUGAUUACUUUCGAUUUUUGUGUUGCAUUUAGCGAAGAAUUGGAAGUGAUUGGAGUGUGUGUGAUUGGGGAUCGCGACGUGAAUUUGGGGCCCAAGUGCCUGAGAAUGUGUGCGUGGAGACACGAUGCGGCUGAUGACGGUGGGAUCCCCACCAGCGCCUGAAGAAGGUACGCACUGGGUGUCUGGAGGAGUUGGCUCUCUGGGAAAGUCUCUGCUGCCCAAGUUAGUUGAAGUGCAACAUUCGUGGUGUCCGGAAGAGUCUUGAACCCAUCUCUCCGUACCGAAUACUUGACAAAACCGACUUUCUCAACUAUUUUUUGGUUGUUUCCUGAAGGUACUCUCCGCCUCGUUCCUUUCUUUUUCUCUGUUGACCUUUCCGGAAAGGGAUUGCACUUUUGCAUUGACGGAUGAUUAUCUCAGAGAUACAUCACAUGUGCUUCCUCCUCGAUACUCUGUGACGACCGACCAGUGUGACAAUGUCUAUUUAGCGGAUAAUUAGCUUGUGAAAGUUGCAUCUUGUCGAAAUCUCAUUCCUGCGGGAAAGGUUAUAUAAGAACAAGUCGCGAGAGAAAAGUUGAACAAUAUUUUUGAACUUAUCGUGUGACUCAGCCAAGUCAUCGUGUGACCAAGAGACACGUUGAAAGUUUUUUUUUGUAUCUAAAAGGAAAGCCUCAACGUUGUGUUACAAUUUAGCGCCAAAGUGCUGCAGAAUUGCAUUGAGGACAAAUUCCAAUUCAACCAGUUCCAGAUAACAAACUUCCCAAUCAGAUAUAUACAUCAGAUCACCGAUAUAUAGGGAGGAUCAACAAUGAUGGGGCAGUUUUUUCGUGCCCAUGGCAAAUUCUGCGCCUCCCAUCCAUGGGAGGUGAUUGUGGCCGUUGUCACAUUGACCCUGUGCAUGACCUGCAAGAGUGGUGAUCAAUCGCCACCGGCCGCUGUGCGACAGGCACAUCGACAAUGCCACGGUUGGGACUGGCGGGACACGUGCGAAGAUCAGGAACAACCAGAGUACAAUGCAGCUGAUGUCAUCCUCAUGACUGUGGUGAGGUGCUCAGCUGUUCUGUACUGCUACUACCAGUUCCGAAAUCUUCACAAAUUGGGAUCGAAAUACAUCCUUGGAAUUGCUGUACUUUUCACACUCUUCUCUAGUCUCAUUUUUAUGUCGACGGUUUUCUACUUCCUGGGAAGUUCCGUCGCCGAUCUGAAGGACGCAAUGUUCUUCUUCCUGCUACUUGUUGAUCUCUCAAAGGUUGGAAUUUUAGCCCAGUUAGCACUCAGUGGUUCAAGUCAGGGUGAAGUGACGAAAAAUAUUGCCCGUGGAAUGGAAAUUCUCGGGCCAUCGAUAUCACUGGAUACAUUGGUUGAGGCUCUGGUGAUAAGGGUGGGAACUCUUUCCGGAGUCCAUCGGCUGGAACUACUUUGUGGAUUUGCUGUGAUGUCUGUGGUGGUUAAUUAUAUCCUUUUCAUGACCUUCUAUCCAGCGUGUUUAUCGUUAAUUCUGGAACUGUCUCGGAAUGGGGUGGAUGUUGCGAGAUCUGUGAAGGUGAAGGGCAAGGAAUCCCUUCUCACUCGUGCCCUCUACGAUGAGGAUCAAAAGCCAAAUCCUGUCGUUCAGAGGGUCAAGAUCAUAAUGUCGACUGGACUUAUUAUUGUUCAUGCUCACAGUCGCUUUACGUUUUCGGAUAGGGAAAGUGAAUCUGAGACUGUUACCCUUUCGAAUACCCCACAGACUGUUUCCCUGAAUCGUACAGAACCAACAGACUUUACAGGAUACAUCAUGAAAUGGAUAUCAAUGAGUGCUGAUCAAAUAAUCUUCAUGGUAGUGAUAAUUGCUCUUCUCUUCAAAUACAUUUUGUUUGAGGAUCGUGCUGAUUUGGCGGAUCAGCUGAAAUUGAGUGAAAGCCAGGAGAAUGAGAAAGCAUUGCAGAAAAGUGUUGAUAUUAAAGUUACAAAUAACAGUGGUAGUGUGGAUAGUCAAGCUGAAGGCAAGAGGAAACCUCUUUUUACAAUUGGCGAGGAUAUCCUCAAAGAUCAGACUACUCAGACAGAUGUUGAGUAUAAAAGUGUGGGAAAUGAUGAUGAUUCCGUUGAUAUGGAACAAAUGGAAAUUCCUCCACCACGUCCAGUGAGUGAUUGUGUGAAAAUUCUCAAUUCUUAUGAUCGUGGAGCAAGUCUCAGUGAUGAGGAGAUUCGGUUAAUUGUGAAAGCCGGAGGUGGACACUGUCCGCUGUACAAUAUUGAAUCUGUGCUCAAUGAUCCGGAGCGUGGUGUGAAGAUUCGAAGGCAAAUACUAGCCACUGAGGCUCGGCUUCCACCAGAAGUUUUCCAGAAUCUCCCCUACAGAGGCUAUGACUAUUCCAAGGUGAUGAAUGCAUGCUGCGAGAAUGUUUUGGGAUACGUGCAAAUCCCUGUGGGAUAUGCCGGUCCACUACUUCUCGAUGGAAAUCGCUACUAUGUACCAAUGGCCACGACUGAAGGUGCUUUGGUUGCUAGCACAAAUCGUGGCUGCAAAGCUCUACUUUCGCACGGUGUGACGAGUGUUGUGCAGGAUAUUGGCAUGACACGAGCUCCCUGUGUCCGUUUUCCCAGUGUCCUCCAUGCCUCCAGGGCGAAGCGGUGGAUUGAGACGCAGGAGAAUUAUGAGCGCAUCAAGAGUGCCUUUGACUCAACCAGUCGCUAUGCACGUCUCCAGGAGAUUCUCAUUGGCAUGGACGGCCCAACGUUGUACAUUCGCUUCAGAUCACACACUGGAGAUGCCAUGGGCAUGAAUAUGGUGUCUAAGGGGGCAGAGAUGGCACUUAGGUGUAUCCAGGACAAUUUCCCAGAGAUGCAGAUAAUCAGUUUAAGUGGGAAUUUCUGUUCGGACAAAAAGCCAGCUGCGGUGAAUUGGAUAAAGGGAAGGGGAAAGCAUGUGGUUUGUGAGUCCAUUGUGCCGGCUGAUAAGCUGCGCAGUAUCCUCAAGACCAAUGCCAAGACUCUGGUGCAGUGCAAUAAAUUGAAGAAUCUCGUGGGAAGCGCCAUGGCGGGAAGUAUUGGUGGGAAUAAUGCCCAUGCAGCCAAUAUGGUGACGGCAAUUUUCCUGGCCACUGGUCAGGAUCCAGCUCAGAAUGUGACCAGCAGUAAUUGUAGCACGAGCAUGGAGGUGUGCGGGGAGACGGGAGAGGAUCUGUAUGUGACGUGUACGAUGCCAUCGCUGGAAGUGGGUACCAUUGGCGGUGGAACGGUGCUGCCGGCCCAGUCGGCGUGCCUUGAGAUGCUGGGCGUCCGUGGGGCACAUGCUACACAUCCGGCUGAGAAUGCCAAGCGACUGGCUCGCAUCAUCUGUGCCACCGUGAUGGCCGGGGAGAUCAGUCUCAUGUCGGCACUCGUCAACAGUGAUCUAGUCAAGAGUCACAUGCGUCACAAUAGGUCUAGUGUUAAUAUAAACUCAGGUAUGCCUCAGUCAAGAGUGAAUAGUGCAGCCGGAGAAAUUCUUCUUCGAGUGAAUGGCCCAAAGAAUAUGUGAGUAGAUGGAAAAAAUCUAAUAGAAAAUGCAUCCAAUGCAGAUUAAGAGUGAACAAACAAACAAAAAAAAAACAGUGGACAAAAUUUAAAAUGAUUUUCUCUUCAAAUUAAUUUACAAAAUAAAAGAAAAAUUGAAGAAAGAAUCACGAAUUGUAAAAGAACUUACAGUAAUUCUACUUAGGAGUGCAAUUUUUAUUUUGUAAAGUAAAAAAAAAAUACCCGGGAAAAACUUAAUGAAAUGUUUAGAACAUUUGGGAGGAAAUUUACUUAAAGAAAUUUCCAUUUACCAUUUUUUUUUAUUUUUGGGGAAGAGAAAAUAAAAUAAAGCCGCAGAGGAUAUUUUUAAUUACUUAAGUUGGGAGGGUUUUACAGUAGAGAGAGAGAGAGAAAGAGUAUGUGUUUUAGAUUUUACUUAAAUAAAAUUGUGAAUAAUUAGAAUAUUUGCUACUUAGGGGAUUUAAUAAAAAAAAGAGAAAUAAGUGGCAAGGAAAAUAUUUGUAAAAUUGUUUUUUUUUUUCAUUUUUUAGAUAGCAAUUUCGUUGAUUUGAUCAGAAAGUCUCGGAGAAUGAUAAAGGAAUUAAAUUAGGUUAUACGAGACUUGCUGAUGCAAGCGACGAUUUGUAAUAAUUAUUUUGUAGGAGGCAUAGCAGCAUAUUGUGUAAUAAAAUAUUGUUGUAUAGAGCAAAGAUUUACGUGAAAGAGGAUUUAAUUGUUAAACAGUUGCCAUACGUAAGGAAAUGUCUGUUACCAAAAUAAAAUAAAAAAGAAAAAGAUAAUUAUUUUGAGAAAAUUUAACUUGAAGAGUUACUAAAGAGCAAAAUAAUAUAUUUUUCAUUAAAUUCAAGUCUUCCAUUUGAGUGUUUUGAUGUUGAAGAAAAAUUGUAUAAAAUGAAUUGACUAAUAAUUAAUUUCUGAUAUGUACACAAUUUAUUAGAGCGUUUCUUCUUGUUCAAUUUUUAAGCUGAGAGAAAAUCUUUCCCAAUAUUGCCUAUUUAUUAAAAAGAAAACCAUAAGAAUUUCUUUAAAAGAAUCCUAAGACAGAACAAAAAUCCAAUCCCAAAAAGAAACCCUUGAAAAUCAUUAGAAAAAGAAAAUGUAGAGAAGAAACAAGGAAAUAAUGUAAAAGUAGCCUUAGAGAGAAGAUGAAAAAAAAGAAAGAAAAAUAAAGUGAACUUGGAAGUAA